AAUCCUCAAUGGCAUGUUUUUCUACAUCACUUCUUCUUCGACCCUCUAAAACCCAUAAAUUACACUCAUACCAUCUGCCCACUUCAAAACCUCCUCCUCUUCUUCUACCCUCUAAAACCCAUAAAUUACACUCAUACCAUCUUCCCACUUCAAAACCUCCUCCUCUCCUCAAACUGAAAUCUUCACACUCCAAUCUCCCAGAAAAUUCCUACAAAACCCUAUGAAGAUGAUGCCUCCUUUCCACUCAAUUCCAACCUAACUAAACAAUGCCCAUCUCAUAUCUAAUCAGAAAAUCUCAAAAAUCGAAGCUUUUCUCAAUUCCAUGUAAGUUCUCAAUCCCCUUUUCUCUUUCCUUUUCAUCUCAAACCGUCUCUUCCGAUGCUUCUGAUAUUGAAUCCAAUGGAGACAAUUUCGACCCCCCUUUGGCUGAUGGAAUCUUCAGCUCAAGCCCCCAAAUGGGUUCUUUCAAACGGGGCGAUCCAACCUUCCAUUCCCUCGUAAUGAAGUACGCUGAUUCGGGCGAUUUUAGUUCGUUGGAACGGGUUCUCGAUCGAAUGAAGAGAGAAAAUAGAGUCUUUACGGAGAAGAUAAUCAUUAGUGUAAUCAAGGCAUAUGGAAAUGCGGGUUUGCCGGAUAAGGCAUUGGACGUGUUCGAUGGAAUGCUUGGGGAGUUUGGAUGCAAGCAAACCAUCCGAUCUUUUAAUUGUGCUCUUAAUGUUCUUGUUCAUUUAGGUCAUUAUGAACAGGCUUUUGGGUUCUAUUCACGUGCAAAUUCAAUGGGUAUUUCACCGAAUUUUCUUACUUUCAAUUUAGUUAUCAAGGCUUUGUGUAGAAUAGGAUCGAUAGAUGGAGCGAUUGAAUUGUUCCGUGAAAUGCCACUUCGGAAUUGUAGUCCCGAUGCAUUCACUUAUAGCACGUUGAUGGAUGGGCUGUGCAAGUUGGGCCGCACCAAUGAAGCGGUAUCUUUGUUGGACGAAAUGCAGAUUGAGGGGUGUUUUCCGUCUGCUGUGACUUUUAACAUUUUGAUUAAUGGGCUUUGUCGGGAGGGUGAUUUGGGCCGAGCGUCGAAGAUCGUUGAUAAUAUGUUUCUUAAAGGGUGUGUCCCAAAUGAAGUCACUUACAACACUCUUCUUCAUGGUUUGUGUUUGAAAGGGAAGGUGGAUAAGGCUGUUGCUCUUUUGAAUCGAAUGGUGUCAGACAAAUGUGUACCUAACAUUGUUACAUAUGGUACACUUAUUAAUGGGCUUGUUAAGCAAGGGAAAACCUCUGAUGCGAUAAGAAUAUUAGCUUUUAUGGAGGAAAGGGGACAGUGUCCAAAUGAAUAUGUUUAUUCAUCCCUUGUUAGUGGGUUGUUUAAGGCAGGCAAUUCGGGUGAGGCAAUGCGGUUGUGGCAGGAUAUGAAGGAGAAGGGAUGUAGAGCAACUACUGUUGCCUAUAGCGCAUUUAUAGAUGGGCUUUGUAGAGAAGGGAAUGUUGUUGAAGCUAGAAGGGUUCUUUCUGAGAUGGUGGAGAAGGGUUGUAGUCCUAAUGUCUUGACGUAUAGCUCCUUAAUGAGGGGGUUCUUCAAGGCAGGUGACAGCCAAGGAGCACUUGUUGUGUGGAAGGAGAUGGUGGAAAAUGGGUGUGCUCCGAAUGAGUUUAGCUACAGUAUCUUAAUACAGGGUCUUUGUGAGGAUGGGAAGUUGAAGGAGGGGAUGAUGGUGUGGAAGCACAUGUUGGGUCGUGGGUGUAUGCCCGAUGUUGUUGCAUAUAGUUCAAUGAUCUAUGGCCUUUGCAAUGCAGGCCGGGUUAAUGAGGGUCUAAAGCUACUUAAUAACAUGCUUUGUGGGGAGUCUAAACCCGAUACCAUAACUUAUAACAUUCUUCUCAAUGGUUUGUGCAAGAGUGGUAAACUCCCCCGUGCAAUCAAUCUCCUAUGUAACAUGUUGGAUCAAGGCUGUGAUCCAGAUUUAAUUACAUGCAACAUUUUCUUGAAGAAUUUGGGAGAGAAAAAGACAUUGGAUAAUGCACGAGAGUUCUUGGACGAGCUUGUCAUUCAGCUAUGUAAGAGAGGAAGAUCUGUAGGUGCUUCGACAGUUGUGGAAGUAAUGCUGCAGAAGUUUCUCCCUCCAGAGGCCUGUACUUGGGAAAAGGUCAUCCGUGACCUUUGCAAGCGUAAGAAGGUUCACAUGUCCAUUGAUAAGUGUCGGAGGGAACUUUUUAGCUGAUUUCACAUGUCACCACACAUUCUAUGUUGUAAAAUUCUUUCACAAAGUCAUUAUCAGUGUAUCAUAAGCAUCUAACAAUUUUCAUAUUUAAAAGAAAAAAUUGUAUCAUGGCCAUUAAUCUGGAGUUUGCUUGACUCCAUUGUCAUAUUCAAUUGAAACUAUAAGCCUUUAGUUCUUUUAA